ACAAGGAGCGGGGGAGGCGAAGCGAGGGCUGAGGGGCGGCGGCUGAGGGAAUUGAGGGGGGGGGUCCCGAGGGGGGGGGGGCAGCGGGAGGAUGCUGGAGGCGGCCGAGGCCGAGCUGGACGCCGAGGACCUGGUGCAUUUCUCGGUGGGCGACCUGCCCAGCCGCGGCUACGGCGUCAUGGGCGAGAUCCGGCGGCAGGGCAAGCUGUGCGACGUGACCCUCAAGGUUGGGGACCACAAGUUCAGCGCUCACCGGAUCGUGCUGGCGGCUUCUAUCCCGUACUUCCAUGCCAUGUUCACCAACGACAUGAUGGAGUGCAAGCAGGAUGAGAUUGUCAUGCAAGGGAUGGACCCCAGCGCGCUCGAGGCUCUGAUCAACUUUGCCUACAACGGUCACCUGGCCAUAGACCAGCAGAACGUCCAGUCGCUGCUGAUGGGGGCGAGCUUCCUCCAGCUGCAGAACAUCAAGGAUGCUUGCUGCACCUUCCUCAGAGAGAGGCUUCACCCCAAGAACUGCCUGGGCGUGCGGCAGUUUGCGGAGACCAUGAUGUGCGCCGUGCUCUACGACGCCGCCAACAGCUUCAUCCACCAGCACUUCGUGGAGGUGUCCAUGUCCGAGGAAUUCCUGGCGCUGCCCUUCGAAGACAUCCUGGAGCUCGUUUCCAGGGACGAGCUCAACGUGAAAUCCGAGGAGCAGGUGUUUGAAGCUGCCUUAGCCUGGAUCCGCUACGACCGGGAGCAGAGGGAGCCCUUCCUGCCCGAGCUGCUGGCCAAAAUCCGCCUGCCCCUGUGCCGGCCGCAGUUCCUCGCCGACCGCGUGCAGCAGGACGACCUCGUGCGCUGCUGCCACAAGUGCAGGGAUCUGGUUGACGAGGCAAAAGAUUAUCACCUCAUGCCAGAGCGCCGGCCGCACCUCCCGGCGUUCAAGACCCGUCCCCGGUGCUGUACGUCGAUCGCGGGACUGAUUUAUGCCGUCGGGGGACUGAACUCAGCAGCAAAUUUUUACGCAGGCGACUCGCUGAACGUGGUGGAAGUCUUUGACCCCAUCGCCAACCGCUGGGAGAAGUGCCAGCCCAUGACCACGGCUCGGAGCCGGGUGGGUGUAGCCGUGGUCAACGGGCUGCUCUACGCCAUCGGCGGCUACGACGGGCAGCUGAGGCUGAGCACGGUAGAGGUUUACAACCCCGAGAUGGAUUCCUGGUCCAAAGUGGAAAGCAUGAACAGCAAGAGAAGCGCGAUGGGAACCGUGGUGCUGGACGGCCAGAUCUACGUGUGCGGCGGGUACGACGGGAACUCCUCCCUCAACUCCGUGGAGUCCUAUUCUCCAGAAACCAACAAGUGGACGGUGGUGACCCCCAUGAGCUCCAACCGCAGCGCCGCCGGGGUGACGGUCUUCGAGGGCAGGAUCUACGUGUCGGGAGGGCACGACGGGCUGCAGAUCUUCAACAGUGUGGAGUACUACAACCAGCACACGGCCACCUGGCACCCGGUGGCCAGCAUGCUGAACAAACGCUGCCGCCACGGCGCCGCCUCGCUGGGCAGCAAGAUGUUCGUCUGCGGGGGCUACGACGGCUCGGGUUUCCUCAGCAUGGCCGAGGUGUACAGCUCGGUGGCGGAUCAGUGGUACCUGAUCGUCCCCAUGAACACCCGUCGCAGCCGGGUGUCCCUGGUGGCCAACUGCGGCCGCCUCUACGCCGUGGGGGGCUACGACGGCCAGUCCAACCUCAGCUCGGUGGAGAUGUACGACCCGGAGACGAACCGCUGGACGUUCAUGGCUCCCAUGGUGUGCCACGAGGGAGGGGUGGGGGUGGGCUGCAUCCCCCUCCUCACCAUCUGAAGGAGGUUUGGGGGAGGUUUUGGGGGCUGCCACUCCUCAGGGAUUGCCGCCUGAGAGCAGGCUUCCCGAGGGGGGUAGGCAAAGAGAAGCGCGGUUCCAGGUGCUCCAGUGUCAUUCACAGCCACACACAAGGUGACAAAACCAUCCCCUGCCCCCUCGGCUUUUGGACUGAGGCUCCGGAAAGAUCAAAUUUUAUUUUAUUUUGGGGGGAAUUAACGGUGUGGGCACGCAGGGAGCCGCCCGCCGCCCUCCCCAGCGCUCCUGCGGCCGCGUGGCUGAGCAAAUCCUUCCUCUCUCCUUGCUUGUUUUACAAAUAGCACUGAGCCACGUCGGCCCGAGACUUUGGGAAGCGAAGCUGCGGGUUUGGGGGGGAGCAGCUCUGAUUGUGACACAGCAACGGCCACUUUGAGGACUCGGGGAAUGCCCACGCACCUCUGCCAGCACCAAAACGGCCCUAAAACAGCCCUGACAUCCCGAGGGGUUUGAUCUUCAGCGGUGUUUGGCGUUGUCAGCUGCUGCUGGGCACCCCUGGACCUCACCCAGUUUAUCAAAACAACCCAACCCAGCAGCUCGGGUCCUCGGGAGCGCAUCCAGGCUCUGUUCCUUGAGGUGCUCCUUGCGCAAGGCGCCGCUCGCCGCUCCCGGGGCUUUCUUCAGCUCGAUGGGGAAAACCUCUCCGCAAGAGCCGCACGAUGGAGAAAGGAGGAAGAGGAGAAAAGGGGGGCGGUUAAACCAGCCCCCAGCUUCGGAGGAGGAAUGCCAAACGAAAAUGACACUAAGCAACGGUCCCGGGGUUGCCCCAGCGGUGACGGGGAGCCCAGGUGGUGAUCAGAAAGAAGCCCCUGAAAGAUCGGCGUCCCCUCGUCUGUCGAGAUGAAGAAAAUAAGAAAAUAAACCUUUUCCCUCCUGGUUUGCAGCUGGGAUUUCCCAAAAAGCAGCCAGGAGGGGUGCAGGAUGGAGCCCCCCAAACACUAACCCCACCGAGGGGCAGCCACGGAGGCUCGCAUCCGUCUUGUGCCCAAGUUUUGGGGUUUUGGGGAGGUUUGGGGCGCCCCCCAGCUCCCCCAGCCGAGCCCCUGCUUCUCCUCCAUCCCCUCUUGGGAUUUUUGGACUCGGGGUGUAAAUGUGGAUGUCUGUAUAUUCGGGUACUGUGGAUAUUUUAGGUCGAGCUGUCGAGCACUCCUCUGUCUCCCUGCACCCACGGACGGCUUCACUUGGGGAUUCUGGGGGGGGGGAUUCCCGUGCUGCUAAGACACUUUAAAAAAAGAAAAAAAAAGAAAAACACACACAAAAAAGGAAAAAUAUACAAAAAAAAACACCUUGGGAUCGGAGUUGCUUUCCAGGCUGCGCGUUGCAGAGCGGUGGGUGAGGGAACCGAGGCUCUCACGGGUGAGGAGGCGCCGCCGGCCCCGUGUGGGGCUCGUUCUUUGGGGUUUUUUUUGCUUUGCUGAACCAAAGAGAAAGGGGAGAGGACGAGGAUUUCCAGCUUUGGGGGAGGAAAACUGGAAAAAGCCCGGAUUUGGGGACACGUGGCUCGUGGUAGGGGGCAAACUGGGAGAGCGCGGUGCCAGCUCUGCCCUGCCCUGCUCGGUGCCAUCCCCUGCCCCGUGGAAAAUUAAAAUAUUUGACUUCGAAAAACCCAUUAAAGAUGUGUUCCUGCAGAUGUUGUCGUGUGCUGGAGCCGGAGAGAGAGAUGCGAGCAGCAAUUCCCGGGCUGGGGCUCACCAUGGGGCUCUGAGCCAUUCCGGUAGGGGCCCGCCACCCUUUUUGGGAUAAAACCAGCAAAAACCAGCAAAAACGCAGCGCCGGAAGGUUUCCAGGAGCUGCCAGGUUCGGGGAUUUGCCGGGGCGGCCACCCCGAGCUGGCUCUCCAAGAAAAACACUGGCAACCCGAUCCCUUCCCGUGCGUGGCGCCGUGCUGGAAGCCUCCCUCCUCGCUCCUCUCCCCUCAUUCCUCGUUUUCGGACAACCCCAAUGGAAACCCCACUGCUGGGCGUGCUGCUCCUGGUGCUCCCAGUUCUCCCAGUGCUCCCAGUGCCACCGGCACCCCGCGAGCUGGCCCGAGCCGUGCUGGAGGCGCACGGGCAGGAUGCAGGCAGCGGGAUGAAGCUGCUGAAGCUGCAGGGAGUCAGCAGGACGGAGUUCGACUGGGGCACGCACUUCACCAUCAACCUCACCGCCCGCCAGACGGCCUGCCCCAAAAACCCUGCGGUGUCCCGAAAUGCUGGCUGUAGGGCCCGGCCGGGCCAGGUCCAGCACUGUGUUGCCCAAAUCUCCGUCUUUGCCUUCCUGCCCGACGUGCCACUGUCGAUGCUGGAGUGCGGCCGGCAGCCGCCCAGCGGCUCGGGGCAGCCCCGCUCCAAAGGUCGGCGCAGCCCAGGGACCCCGCGAGCCUUCGGCCUCAGGGCCCCGGCGCCAUCCUAAAUCCUCGGGAGCGAAUCCACCCUGCAGGAGAGGACCCACAGCCCCCAUCCCAUGAACCCCAUCCCGCAUGGAGCUGAAAUAAGGAUGUUUCGGGGCCCCUCGUUCACCUCGUUGACAAUAAAAAGCAUUUUAUGGUGUUGGACAA